AUGUCCUCCUUCGACGAAGACCCCGUAGCCACCGCAGAACGCGACCACGACCGCGAACCCGCCUCCAACUCCCUCCUCCGCGCCUCAACCCCCCUCGUCUCCGAUCUGGAACAAGAAGUCCUAGAGGAAUACACCCGGCUCCUCGGCAACGUCAACAAGCCCGCCGCGCUGCAGCUGUCCGACAAACUCGCCGACCUCGCGGGUAAUCCAACCUCACUAACACUCGAUGGCCUGCGUCUCCUAGAGCGAAAGACGGCGACCGUGUGUACUCUGCUCAAGGCGAGUGUGUAUAGCAUUGUUCUGCAGCAGCAGAUCUUCAAUGAGAGUGAGCAGCAGCAACAGCAGCAGGCGGAAGAGGAGGAGGAACGGCGCUUGGAGGAGCAGCAGCGGGGGUUUGGGGGUGGGUAUGAAGGGGAUAUGAGUUUUACGGGGCGAUAUAUGUAG